UUAUAGUUUCAAACUUAAGAGGCGCACGACACGAGACGCACGGCUCAUCGGAAAUCGACUUCUGGAUUUUUUUCUGAAAAUGGAUAAUGCGCAGGGCAAACAAUUUUAUGAGUCAGCAGGGUCGGCUGGGCACACGGGAAUGCCCGUAUACUCAUAUUUUACAUACGGACAUCCGGUGUCACAAACCCCACAAACAUACUACUACCAGCAGCCUUUCCUGCAAUAUGCAUACCCGGUCCCUCCUCAAUAUUGCCAACCUGCUCCUGCGCAACCACACUUUGAGCUCCAGGUGGUGAAGGAAGAGGUGGAGGAGCGCGAAGAGCCGGUGGAGGUCGAGGAAGAACCGGUGGAAGUGGUGGAGGAAGAACCGGUGGUGGUAUUGGAGGAGCCGGCUAAGAAGCUCCCAAAAAAAUCGUCUGAGAAAGUGGUCGAGAAUCAGCCGACAAAGAAAGCAGUGGAGGAAAAGUCAAAUCAAAAGAAGCCAGGAGGAGACCAAGGGCCGGGGACGCAGGAGGGAUGGAUAACAGUGAAAAAAACCAAAAGGCCAUCCUAUGCUGAGGUUUCUAAGAAAAACCAGGACAUGAAUGUCUGUGAGAAAAAGAAAUUAAUGGAAAAAGCUUCACAGUGGAUGACAAAACAUGCUCAAUAUUUGGCAGAAAUGAGCGGACAUUUUGAUGAAAGAGUUGCAAUUUUGGAUGAAUUGAGUAAUUGCAAUACCAUGACAGAGAGAGACAAGGUUUUUGUUAAGCGCAAGCUUAAUAUGCUGUUCAGAUGCUUUUUUGGAAGGGACUACUAAAGUUAGUAGCUAAAUUUUUCGCAUGACUGUUUUCAUGCGAAAUGUGAAUUCAUUGAAAUGUGAAGUAAAUUUAUUAUGAAUUAAUAAAACGUGAAUCUAUA